AGUUGAAACAAUCAAGGCAACAAGAAAGGUUGUCGCUCUUGUGCUCUCAAGUAUUGUUGAUGCUCUAUCGCGCCAUCGGUGAAUUAUUUUAAGAUUCGAAAUACUAAAGAUAUUCCCUCAUCUAACGACUCCAUUCGAGACUACGACUUUACCAGUUUCGUUUCUUGACAACGUGCUUUUAAAUUUCUGUUCGUCACCAAGGAGAGAGAAAUGGCAGAGACUGUGAAUUCACCAAAGUGCGGUUUGUUCAAAGAUGUUAAGUUCACAAUUACAAACAAACUGGAUGUGAGAAGUGCCGGUUUCCAUCCAGUCGAACCUGUUCUGGCGUGCGGCUUAGUUCGAGGAGGAUUGGUUUUCAUUCGCGGAACUGAUCACUCCACACCGUUUGAGAUUUGGGAGAUGGAACCCAAACAAUACCGAUAUGGAAGGACAAUUUUAUCCGUUCAAUGGAACGCUGAUGGAACUAAAGUGGCUGCUGGCUCCGAUGAUGGGACUGUCAUCGUUUGGUCUUAUCCAGGGGACAAAAAACAAGAAUUUCACAGAAAAGGACUAUCAAAUUUCCCAUUAAUUGUUUGGAAUCCAUUCAACCGAGAUGUGUUGGCUAGUUAUAACAACGCAGUGGACACUACACAUGUGAUGAUUGCCAAUUCAGCUACUGAAAAACCCCUCACCCAUACCAUCAAAUCCACUUUGUACUGUCAGACCGUGGGCUGGAUGUCACACAAUCAACUCGCCUGUGGUUACGACGAUGGGACGUUUGAAGUUCAUAAAAUAAAUUCACGUAACAGGCAAUUGAAAAGCAAAAUGGUCCAAAAAAACCUGCACGACCUGGGUGAUAAUGGUAAAGCUGGACAUGUCUGUGUCUCUUAUUCGAUUCCCUACCUUGAAAGCAAAAUACGAUCAUCAGUACACAGUAUCGCUAUGAACAAAGAAUUAAAUCUUUUGGCUUCAGGUGGAACAGACAAACGAGUCAAGAUUUGGUUUUUGGGCAGUAACGAUCCCACUCGCGCGUUGAACCUCGAUUCGACUUGUAAAAGUUUGGUAUGGAGUUCUGACAUCAAGGACGAAAAGACAAGAAAAACCUUUAUCGCAUGCGGAUUAGAAAAUGGAAGCAUUGUGAUUUGGUAUCCAUUUGAACGUGAAAAUCAGACACGGGAACUUUCAGGACAUGAUCAGAUCCAUCAAUUAUUACUUUCACCUGACGGGCGCUACCUUGCAUCAACUGAUUAUUUCAAGAAAGUGACUAUCUGGUCAACAAAGAGUUGGAAGAGCAUAUACAUUAUACCCUCAUCCGAGUUCAUGUAUCCAUACAUGAUGACGUGGGAUGCGGCCAGUUCCAAGUUAGGAAUUUCAGAGCGGAAAGGCCUGAGACAGUUCAAAGUGAUUGAAUACGUCGAUGCUGAAAAAUGCUGUGCCGGUUGCAAGAAAACUUCUCAAAAUCUGAAGCUAUGCGCCCGCUGCAACUCAAUCUUGUACUGUAGCAAGGAAUGCCAAUGUUCACACUGGCCCCAACACAAACUUGUUUGCAAUAAACAUGAAUAAGUUUGGCCGAAUUUCACAAGGAGAAGAUUGGAUCCGAUCAAGAAAAUUUCAGUGUGGACUUGGUAAAUGUCAUAAGUGGGUUGUAAUACAUUCAAACUUAGAAACUCCA